AGUCGGCCAGACAACAACAGACACGACGUCGUCCUUGCUGGCCGCCGCCGAUAUCCCAUUACCGAUCUAUACCAGUAGAGUUUCAAGUCAUACGGUAUGGCUAUCAUCAGUACAAUUUUGGAGUCGGCCUUCAAUAGCCCGACGGUGCGAACCCACCACGGAGAUCUCAGAGCUGAAAUUCGGGAUGGAUUUGGGCAACCAGAACAGAACCGCGGGUUGACAAACGACCUCGCGGUUGUAUCACUUACCUUCGCUUCACUCAGUCUCAUCUUGAGUCUGUCGACCUUUUAUUGGUUCGUGAAAAUGAGGAAGACGUUUCGGCAUGAACUGAUAGUGUUGCUUAUUCAGAGUGACUUGAUCAAGUCGGUGUGGUUCGUUAUUCCCUCGAUUGUGCACCUACUCCGAGGUCCUCUCCGCUCCAACUCUGCCCUUUGCCAAAUUGCCGGGUUCGGUCUCGCGCUAGGCAUCGAGGCAUCUGACAUCGCAGUUCUGCUCAUCGCCAUCCAUCUCCUGAUGACCAUCUUACGCCUGCGAACCGGCCUCUAUCGCUACCGAUACUGGGCAUACGGAGCUUACUGCUUCUUUCCCGUGCUAUUCGCAAGCUUGGCUUUUGUGGACGGCACGGGCUACCAGGAGGCUGGCCAUUAUUGCUACCUUCGUACAGACAAGAGUUGGGCACGACGGGCCCUCAGUUGGGUUCCUCGCUACAUCAUUUGUUGCAGCAUUCUGGCCAUCUAUCUCUUUGUCUACUUUUACGUUCGCAGCAGAUUGGAGGACUAUGGAAGGAGAAGCUCGGGAAAUAUGAACCACCCGCACUCCCGGGACACAGACGAUGUGCCUCCUACCCCUCGACUGAUAUCACACGGACUACUCGCGUCGCUACCAAACUCUCGAAGAGGAUCUGCAGCCGACCAGAAUGUUGCCAUCAAGGACCGCAACAGGUCUUUGUCGUCGAUCAGCACGCUUCAGUUCGAAUUGCAUGUGGACGAAGCUGGAGAGCAGCCGGUUAGCAAGGGACGACGGUCAUUAAAGCACGGGCCAGCGAAGAUGAACUGGAAUUGGCCCGGAUUUGUCCCACCUCGAUCCUCCUGGGAAAAUGGACGCUUGAUGGUGGAGGAUUGGGAUGACUCUAUGUCGCAACCACUUCCCUCGCCACCGCUCCCGGUCCAUUCUCCCGAGAGACCACCCAGGGCCAGCCGCUCUGACAACUCAUCUGCCAGCCCACGCUCCUAUUGGCAUAGGCCUGUGCCUUCGGAAUGCUCAACAGUGCAUGGAAACCACGCCAGCCAUGACUUGCCGCCAAGCUCCACCAACACUGUGAACCAAGGCACAUAUCACAUCGAUCUCACCCUAACCCACAUCCUCACAAUGCUUCGAAAGGGACCUCCGCGAACAUCCAACACCCCUCCCACCACUCGACCUUCCUCGAUGACGAUAUCGCCCGAUUCAAUUGGUGGCGACUCGGGCGUUACUCGCAACCGCGAGAGGGCACGCCGUCAGCUCUAUGCGCUGUUUGCUUACCCGCUCGUCUACAUAAUUGUCUGGAUAUUUCCCUUCCUCUCCCAUGUAGGCUACGACGACAAAAUUACUCCGAAUGACCCGCAGUGGAUAUUGUUUGUGAGCAUGGUCAGCCUCGGUAUCCAGGGCACGGUCGACUGCAUGCUCUUUACUCUGAGAGAGCAACCCUGGAAACAUGCCCAUGGGGACUUUUGGACUGCGCUACGGGCACGGAUGCGGUUCAGUGGCAGCUGGAGAGAUGUCGGGUUCGCGGGCAGGACCAGAGAGGAAAUGUUCCAUGACAGUCAGCUUGCGAGGAAAAGACGGGAGCAGGAAAUCGCGGACGAGAGAGCCCGACGCGCUGUUCACGAGGUCACCCAAGAGGGUGCUGAUGUUGAAGCUGGUGCUGGUGGCGCUAGGGGUGCUGCGACGAGGAAGACUGGAGCGGUUGAGUGGUGGGAUACAGCCGAUUUACUCGAUGGGAUGAUCGAUGACGAUGAAGAACUACGCGACGAUGCGGAUGAUGAUUUUUGGGCCCAGCUUUACCGGUUGAAUGGAGACUGAUCGACGCGAGUCUCGGUUGAUUACCACCCUGCUAAUCUUCUUCACCUUUUUAUCCUUUCUUCUUCUUUACUUUUGGAUACACCCACAUGUGGCCAUUAUUGCUUUUAGUGUUUUCUUCUUUUUCCUUUUUUUUUUUCUUUUUUUUUUUUGGUAUCAUUUCUUUUGUUAUUCUCACUCAAGCCCUGGCGUUGUUUUGGCUUUCUGUCUUGUUGUCGUUGUAAAGGGAGCUAACAAAUUAUACCCCUGGGUCGGCUUGCGUAUUUUUGGACCUUGGUCAUUUUCCGGUUUGACUGUCAGCCUUGACACAUGCCGUUACAUUGAAACAUGGGAUCGAAAGCAUAUUCGAUUGGUGUUGUGGCGUUCUCAUAUUCCAGCUGCUCUUUGAUUUUGUUUUUUCUUUUUCUCCUUUGUAUCAAACACAGCACAGAGAGGGCUGGACGG